CAAAGUAUCAUUAAUCUUUUGAAAUCACACCCCGUUAAUGAACCUAUACAGAUUUGGAAAUAUUGCACUGUCUUUUCAGCGCAUCAAAAACAGGUGAGCAUGUUUUGUUUUCUUUGCGUAUUUUCUCAUAAAACUAGGGCAUGUGUUUGCUAGCGCAUACCGAUAUGGAGCGUCACUGUAGACAACAAGAGUGCUUUGACGCACACGUAGGCUACUAGUGGAGAUAUGAUCGACAAUUUGACAGCAAACUUACAAAUCGUCAAGAAAAAACAGAACAGUCAGUUCACAUACAUAGCCUGACAGUAAACCAGAAAGUCAACAUUUAUUAGACUAUUUAAGCCUUCCACUUUGGUUACCAACCAUAAACCUGGCUUUAUUUUCUAAAACAGUAUGACAGCUGUCGGAGCAAUUGAAUUGUAUUCCGCAAUUUUAUCAGAAAACGCAUCCCUUAUUGUUAAUAUUGCAAAAAAAUACGGGACCAACUCAAUGAUCAAUGGAUCGAAAUCCAAGCCGUCAAAGGGUCUUGCUAUCCUCCCUCUUCACUUAGCAGCCUCGUAUAGGAAAGUUCAUAGUAUAGAGAGCUUGUUAUUGGCGGGAGCCAACCCUGGAAUUAGGGACCAACAGGGUCGUAAUGCCCUCCACCUGGUCAUCACCCACUGGCCCUACAUCCACGCCACCUGGCCCGCACCACAAUCACGUUUUCAGACCGCCAUGGCCAGCAUGCAGAAGAGGGCAGAGGCCUGCCUACAGGUCCUCUGCAACCAUGGAGUCGACCUCAAUACUGUGGUGGACAGUGGGAACCGUCAGACAGCCAUGCACCUGGCCGUGCGCUUUGCCGCUCUCUCCGCCAUCCACAUCCUGGCCAGCCACGGGGCCGCUGUCAACACCACAGACCUGUGCGGCAUGACGCCCCUGCAUAUGGCCGCCGGCAUCCUCAACACAGAGAUUGCCGUUUGCCUGAUCAAGCUUGGUGCAGAUGUCAACAAGGCGGUGAGCCACUCGGGGAACAGACCGCUGCACCUGGCUGCCCUGGCGACAGCCUGCAGGCCAGUGAAGAACAUGGACACAGCACUAAGAUGCAUCACUGAGCUGCUGGACCAGGGGGCAGAGGUGGAUGCCGUGAACAACGUGGGCCGGACGGCCCUCCACGAGGCGUGCAGCGUGGGCAAGGAGUCCGUGGUCAACCUGCUACUGAGGCGUGGUGCCGACAUCAACAAGCAGACGCCAGCUGGGGAAAACUGCCUCUUUCUGUUCCUGGACCAUCAGCCCAACCUCUGCCACACCUCCCUGCUGGGCCGCCUGCUCAGCCUCACCUCCCCUCUCACCAUCGCCAACGGGGCGGGCCUCCAGCCCAGCACGCUGCUGCUGCCCCAGUACUCCCGUCAGCGAGAGCAGCUCUUGGCCCUGACCCGGCACCCUCGCAGCCUCAUGGACAUCUGCAUGAUCCAGGCGUUCCAGUCUUACGGCUCGUUACGCCGUCAGACCCUGGCGGAGCUCCUCCCUGAGAGGCUGCACCGCUACGUCCUCUGGGGGAGCUCCUGUGACAUCAGCUUUGUCAGCGGCGAUGACACGGCCAAGUCCGGCAGCUGGUCAGACUUGUUUCAUCGCGAGGAGCCGCCGGAGAGGGCCAACUCUCUGGACGUCCCCGCACCAGAGCGCCACAGAGCCUCGGAACACUGACACCUUCCGGACGUUCUAGCAAGUUCCACGGAGGGGGAUGCAUGACCCACCUCAUUAAACUCUUUUCUGAUUCUGUUGUUUGAAACUUUAAUUCCACCUCAAUGCCAGUAAAAUCAUAAUGAACAGAGAUGGUGUUCUACUUCGGUUCCAGGAAUGUCACGAUGAAUGUUACACACCGGACAUAACAUAAGGUAUAAUCAGCUGAACCACCCGACCCAAUCGUUUUUUCUUAGUUUUAAAACAGGGUACUUGUGGUUUACAUCUGUUUUUACAUCUGUUUUUGAUAUUGUGUGUAUUGUGAUAGUGUUAUUACUGUUAGUAUUUGUAUUUUGUAUUUUUACUGCUGCAAAACAAAUUGCCCCUCUGGGGACAAAAUAAAGGUUGUAGUUUACUGGACACUGCU